UAGUGUGUACAGACUGCGCAGGCGCAGUAAGUCAGUCCUGCUCGCGCAUCGCUCCGGGAGCUUGUGGUGUCGGCCUCUCAGUCAGUGGCGGCGCUGCCCGGGACAAUGAAGCAGAACUCUAACGUACCGGCCUUCCUAAGCAAGCUUUGGACGCUGGUAGAGGACUCGGACACCAAUGAGUUCAUCACCUGGAGUCAGAAUGGGCAGAGUUUCUUGGUCCUCGAUGAGCAACGGUUUGCUAAGGAGAUUUUGCCUAAGUACUUCAAACACAAUAACAUGGCCAGCUUUGUGAGACAGCUAAACAUGUAUGGCUUCAGGAAGGUUGUUCAUGUGGACUCUGGAGUUAUGAAGCAAGAGAGGGAUGGUCCGGUUGAAUUUCAACAUCCAUUCUUUAUUCAGGGGCAAGAUGAGUUAUUAGAGAAUAUUAAGAGAAAGGUAUCCUCUACAAGACCUGAAGAAGCUAAGGUGAGACAGGAAGACAUAUCUCAAAUCUUGAGCAGUGCUGCAAAAGUUCAAGUCAAACAAGACACAAUUGAUUCAAGGCUUUUUACACUGAAAAGGGAAAAUGAGGCAUUAUGGAGAGAAAUUUCAGAACUUCGCACCAAACACUCUCAGCAGCAACAGGUUAUUCGAAAAAUUGUGCAGUUCAUUGUGACCUUGGUGCAGAAUAACAGAUUAGUGAGUUUGAAGAGGAAACAGCCAUUACUUCUGAACACAAAAAGUUCUGCCAAAGCCACCAUUUUACAGACCAUGGUUAAGGAAACCGUUGAAGACAGCCGUCACGUCCCACAUAGGACAGAAGGUUUGAAUAGAGGAGACAUUUCUGAAGAUAUUGUUAUUUAUGACAUAACGGACAACUUAGAGGAUGAUGUAGAUAGAACUGGGGACACGUCUGAAAAUCCUAAGAUCCAUUCUUCUGACACAUCAAACGAUCGUCUUUCACCUGAAAUUGUUAUAGUGGAGGAUGACAGUGAGGAUGAAGAUUCUACAGUUGUUCAAGAAAGAACUUCAGAGGAGAUGCGGUCACUGAGCCCAGUCGGUGAGAACAUUUCAAGCCCAUUGAUGUCUGGUGCUGUGCAACUGAAUAACCAUUCUUCACUUACCACAGAAGACCCUGUUUCUAUGAUGGAUUCCAUUCUUAAUGAAAGUGGUGUUAUUUCUCAAAAUAUUAAUCUUCUUGGAAAAGUUGAACUGUUGGAUUAUUUAGACAGCAUUGAUUGCACAUUAGAAGAUUUCAAAGCAUUACUUUCUGGACGCCAGUUCAGCAUAGAUCGAGAUCUGCUGGUAGAUCUAGAAACCAAAGGAAUGGAGUCACUAAGAAGCAGUGAAAUUAUUACAGAACCAGCAAAUGGCGAUGAAGGUAGCCAGAAAUCAGACAAACAGCUUGUACAAUAUACAACUUAUCCACUUAUGGCUUUCCUCGAUGGAGAUUCUGUUAACUUCACAUCAGAAGCACAGGCUGUCAAAGCAAAUGAAUUGGGCAAUCUUCUAGAGUCUAGCCUAGACUCUGCACCAACACAGAGUAAACUAGUGCGCCUAGAGCCGCUGACUGAAGCCGAGGCCAGCGAAGCCACCCUGUUUUAUUUAUGUGAACUUGCCCCCAUGCCUUCGGACAGUGAUAUGUCUCUAUUAGACAACUGAACUCUUGGCAUACUGUACAUCUGUAUAUAUUCAUCAAAAUGAUGAAGUAUUUAUUUGAAGUAUCAUUUUGAUACUGUGUUUGUGUGUUUUUUCGGUUUUCCCCUUCUGUUUUGCAUUUUUUAGACAGAUUGGGAUUUCACAUUUUGUUAUGCACAGAAACUAUUUGCCCGCUAGUUUUAGUCAAAAUGAUGAUUUGGGGGUUUUUUGUUUUUUAUUUAUAACAUUGGUUUUAUAAUUCAACUUUAGCGCCAUUAAAUCAUGUUGAGAUAGAGAUCUAUAAAUUUAAGUUGUUCUACAAUGUGUGAAAAAAAGACUGAUGAGGCACAAGCACUUAUAAGACUGAACCCUCUUUAAAUAGAGUUCAAAAUGGUGUUUUAUACCAGCAGCCAUCACUAUGUCAUGUGCGGUGCACCUAUUGUUACAUCUGUGGUACUUGAGUAGUUGAUGCAUAUGUAUACAAACCAUACGGUAUGAAGCGCUGUGUAAAAUGUGAGCUAGGAAUAUAAGUGCCUGUCCUUCUGUUUUUUAGUGUGCGUUUUUAAAAGGCAGUUUGUUUCGAGGGACCAAUGAAAAUGACUGUUCAGUUAUACAGUGGGUCUUUUAUGUAAACCCAUUAAUGCACUACAGUACUUCCUGAAGUUGGCUUUAUAAUAACAGUUGCAUGUUUUACGUAAAUAAACAGAUCUGUCCAUCUAUAUGGAAUCUGAUGUUUAUGAUGCUUGUUUUGUAUAAUUGCCAAUGAUUUGGAGAAUUGGGUUACUUGCACUUGUCACGUGACUGCACGCUACUAAUUGAAAUUCUUCACGAGUUCAGUGUAAUUUAAAUCUGCUCGAAGGCAAUUUUAUUAUUUUUAAUUUUUUUUAUACUGUUUUGAUUACAAAUACAAUUAAAGAACUAUGUUUUACCAGAAGCUGUUUUGCUCCUGUAGUUAAGUAAUAAAACUUUUCUAUUUUACAGUGA